AUGUUCGAAAAUAAUCAAAUUCGCCAGGUAUUACAUACCGAUAUCCGAGUUCCCAUUCCGCCGGCACUCGUAGCAAAGAUCACAUCCCUACCGCCGUUUAUUCCUAUACAAGGCGUACCCAACUUUCGCGACUUGAGCCACGACGGCAACAAAUUGCGCCCAGGAUACGUGUAUCGGUCGGGAAGCUUGUCAGAAAUCUGGGGUGCCGGGAAAUCCAUCAUCGCAACCGAAUUGGGAAUUACUACAAUCUUCGAUCUCCGGAAUGAAAAUGAGCGACAAAAAUCUCCUUCACCUGCCAUCACGGGAGUCAAAACGAUAUGGUGCCCAUACGGAGCCCGACCAGCCACGAUGGGUUUGCUCGAUUUUGCUGGUGAAGACCAGGGCGCCACAGGGUUCGUGAAGAUGUACAACGGGAUCCUUGAAGCGGCUGCCCCAUGUUUCACCAAGAUAUUCCAGCAUAUCAGAGAUAACCCGGAAGACCCGUUUGUUGUCCAUUGCUCAGCCGGUAAAGACCGCACUGGUGUUUUUGCCGCUCUCAUUCUCCUCCUGAUCAACCGACCUCACGAUGAUAUUAUCAACGAUUACAUCCUCUCCCGAGUCACAUUGGAAAGCGCCCGGGAGAACCUCCUAGAGGCAUUCGCGGUAAACUUAGGAGCUGGUGGAGUUGACAUCAGUCAGUUGAGCCCCGAGGCAGUUGGUAUGCUCGAACUGUGUGGUGUUCGAGCCACGUCAAUGGAGGCUUUCUUGUUAUCGUUUGAGAAUACUUAUAGAAACGGGAUUGAGGGCUAUCUCAUUGAUAAACUUGGGUUCUCACCAAGUGAUUUAUCAACGAUGCGCAGGAACCUAACCUAG